GUUAAAAUUCAAAUUCAUUUGUCCAAAUAAAACUGGAGAGUAUUUAAUUCUUGAUUUUACAGUUUAAAUCUUGAUAUGAUCAUAACAAUAAGUACAUCGCCAUUUUGUGAGGUUUGGUUUGAUUACAUAUGGACACCAUCAAAAUUUAGAAAAUUGUAUCUAUACCCCUAUCAUUUGUUAUUAUCUAACAAAUAGAUCCAACUCUGAACGAUAUUAACAUACACUAAAGAUUUGUGUAGCUCAGGGAAAAUCUAAGUUGAUCAUGGAUUUGGGUAUAAGUUUUCUUGCUCAUCUCUUGUAGCUGCUGAUCUCCUGUUUCAUCAACCUUCUCUCCAGUCAUCAUCAAUUCUCUGGUAAAACACUUGGCUUUCUCUUUUCUCUCAUUCACAUUAAUUAUAAUCUUGCUUGCAGAAUGAUAUGAAAUGUCAGUCAAAUAGUACUAAACUUGAAGGAGAAAACUAAACUUGAAAAGAUCAGCUUCUUAUUGAUCAGGGCAUGGAUAAUGGCAUGCAAGAGAGUCUGCUUUGCACUGCAGCAGAAGAAAAGAGUGACUUGAAGGGAAGGAUUUGGGAAGAAUCCAAGAAAAUAUGGAGGGUUGCAUUUCCAGGUAUUGUUUCAAGGGUGACUUCAUUCGGAAAGAUAGUCGUGACUCAGUCAUUCGUUGGACAUAUAAGUGCAGUGGAUCUUGCGGGAUACGCCCUCGUACAGACCAUAAGCGAGCGUUUUGUGGAAGGAAUAGUGAUUGGAAUGUCGAGUGCAACCGAAACUCUCUGUGGCCAAGCCUUUGGAGCAAAACAAUACCACAUGAUGGGUAUUUUCCUACAACGGUCGUGGUUGGUUGAUCUAGCCACGGUAACCGUCUUACUUCCCACUUUCAUAUUUGGAACACCAAUCUUUAAUCUACUGGGGGAGAAACAAGACAUCGCUGAAUCCGCAGGAAACAUUUCUCUGUGGUUCAUUCUAUUUGUCUAUAGUAUUGUUUUCUCCUUGACAAUCCAAAUGUAUCUGCAAGCACAGCAGAAAAACAUGGUCAUUGCGUGGCUAUCAGUUAUGCACCUUGUCGUCCACAUUCCCUUGUCUUGGAUUUUCGUCUAUGUUCUGGAUUGGGGGACUAAUGGAGCAAUGGCUGCACUAUCCAUAUCUUCGUGGCUUUUGGUUUGUGGAGAAUUUAUCUACAUCUUCGGGGGUUGGUGCCCUGACUCAUGGAAAGGCUUCUCUUUCUCCGCCUUCAAGGACAUUUUUCCAGUAGUGAAACUCUCUAUAUCAUCUGGUCUUAUGGUCUGCUUGGAGUUAUGGUACUAUGCAAUUCUGGUCUUACUGGCUGGAUACAUGAAAAAUGCAGAGGCUUCGAUAUCCGCCUUCUCUAUAUGCCUCAAUGUCCUUGCUUGGAUAUUCAUGAUCAGUUUUGGCAUCUUCGGGUCUGCAGUGGUACGAGUAGCAAAUGAGCUAGGCAGAGGAGAUGCUAAAGCAACAAAGUUCUCAAUCAAAGUACUAAUAGGCACAUCCGUUACCAUAGCCGUGUUCUUCUGGAUUCUUUGCUUGGUAUUCAGGGACAAACUUGGAUACUUGUUCACAAACGAAGAGGAAGUGGCGCAGACCGUGUCGGACCUCUCUCUUCUUCUCGCUUUCUCAGUGUUGCUCAGCGGCAUAUACCCGGUGCUCUCAGGCGUGGCGGUGGGAGCAGGGUUGCAAACGAAAGCUGCGAUUAUUAACCUUGUUUGCUUCUAUGUAAUUGGACUACCAAUCGGAGCAGUUCUUGGAUACAUAUUUCAACUUCAAGUCAAGGGAAUAUGGCUAGGAAUGAUGAGUGGAGUUGUUGCUGAAACAUUUGCACUUAGCUUCAUGGUAUGGAGAACAAACUGGGAUGAAGAGGUAUCGAUAACUUCAGCGCGACUCAAACGAUGGUACCUGGAAUCCUCAGAGGACAACAAGACUAGUUCCGUUCAUUUUUGACUUGAAAAAACAUCGCCUUCUGAAAAUUCCCGACCAGCGUAUCAAUCUUUAUCAAUAUGUUUAGAUCAACUUUUGACCCGAGGAGACGUUUGUCUCUCUGGUGAUAAUCUUUACAUAAUAAUUUCAAGGACAAAAUUUCAGCAAUAUGAAUUGGACUUAAGAUUAA